CAGUUUAAGUUCUCUCGCGUUUGUUUUAUUUCUAAAUGUGAUUGCAGACAAAAGAUCUGCAGAACGUAUUCGGCACUGAAAUCUUUAAGUGCGAAGGACAAAUCAACAAAUAGACGAUUUAGAACUUGCAAUUAAGCCAAUCAAUUGCUGGCAAUAUUCUUAUUUUCUGCGAAAAUGUCGGCGCUCCUGAAAAUGCAUAGAGUUCAUAAGCUGUUCACACCCGCCUUUGUGCGCAGUGUGUCAGAGGCAGCCAAGUAUCCAAGGAUUACCACACACUACACUUUGAAUCCCCGCGAGAAGGACGAGAGAUGGAAGGAGGUGGACAUGGAGCGUUGCAUCGAGGAGGUGGACAUUGUUAUUGUGGGCGGUGGACCAGCUGGCAUGUCAGCUGCCAUUCGCGCCAAGCAACUCGCGGCGGAGCAAAAUCAGGAGGUUCGCGUGUGUGUUGUGGAAAAGUCAGCCGAGGUGGGCGGUCACAUACUUUCCGGCGCAGUUAUUGAUCCGAUCUCACUGAAUGAGCUAAUCCCCGACUGGAAGGAGCAAGGUGCGCCAUUGAACACGCCUGUGUCGAAAGAUACCUUCUCCUACCUCACGCCCACGGGACGCAUCUCGAUACCCAUCUUUAAAGGCUGGCCCAUGGAUAAUCAUGGCAAUUAUGUUGUGCGCUUGGGUCAUUUGGUUAAAUGGCUGGGUGAUCAGGCAGAGGCCAUGGGCGUUGAGAUCUAUCCAGGCUGUGCGGCCUCUGAGGUGCUGUUCCAUGAGGAUGGCAGUGUCAAGGGCAUUGCCACGAAUGAUGUGGGCAUUGCCAAGAGUGGAGCACCUAAAGAGACCUUUGCCCGUGGCAUGGAGCUGCAUGCAAAGACCACUAUCUUUGCCGAGGGCUGCCGUGGUCAUCUCUCCAAGCAGAUCAUGCAAAACUUUGGCCUCAACGUGGGCAGCGAACCGCAAGCCUACGGCAUUGGACUUAAGGAAGUUUGGGAGAUAGCUCCCGAGCAGCAUCAACCUGGUCUGGUGGAGCACUCAAUUGGCUGGCCUCUGGAUCGCUUCACAUACGGCGGCUCUUUCCUGUAUCAUCUUAACGAACCCACGCCCACGAUAGCUGUCGGCUUCGUUGUUGGACUGAACUAUAGGAAUCCGUGGAUCAGUCCCUUCCAGGAGUUCCAACGCUUUAAGACGCAUCCCAAGGUGCGUCAUGUCUUCGAGGGCGCCACACGCAUUGGCUAUGGUGCACGUGCCAUCAACGAGGGCGGUUUCCAGAGCAUACCAAAGAAGCUAUCCUUCCCGGGCGGCUGUCUGGUGGGCUGUAGCGCCGGUUUCCUGAACGUGCCACGCAUCAAGGGCUCCCACUACGCCAUGAAGAGUGGCAUGCUGGCCGCCGAGAGUGCAUUGGAGGCCAUCAAUGCGGGUACGCAGACAACAGCCGGUGUGGAGCCCAGCAGCUAUGCGGAUAAAAUUAAAGAAUCCUUUGUAUGGAAGGAUUUGUACAAGGUGCGCAACGUGCAUCCAUCGUUCCACAAUCCCUUGGGUCUCUAUGGUGGACUUGUGCUCAGUGGCUUCUCCAUUUUCAUGGGUGGUCGCGAGCCCUGGACGUUGACACAUGGCCCCCAGGAUCACGAAUCGCUGAAGCCAGCAAAUGUCAGCGAGCGCAUCGUUUAUCCCAAGCCAGAUGGUAAAAUCUCCUUUGAUUUGCUGUCUUCGGUGGCGUUAACGGGCACCAAUCACGAGGGCGAUCAGCCAGCACAUUUGACCCUCAAGGAUGAUCGCAUACCCGUCGAUCACAAUCUGGCUCUCUAUGAGGGACCCGAGCAGCGUUUCUGCCCUGCUGGCGUCUAUGAGUAUGUGCCCAACGAGGAAGGCGGCAAUAUGAAGCUGCAGAUCAAUGCACAAAACUGCAUUCACUGCAAAACCUGUGAUAUCAAGGAUCCCAAGCAAAAUAUCAACUGGGUGGUCCCCGAAGGAGGCGGUGGCCCCGCCUACAAUGGCAUGUAAGCUACACUCCCUGUUUAAAACAAUGGAUUGUAACUGUUAAUUAUACCACAACUGCAUUUGAUUAGAUUGUAAUUACAUAAAAGUAAACGAAAUUUGCUUCGAAAUUAUCUUACAAAUUAAAAUUAAAUGUUUAAGUCGAAAGUCGAGAAUUUAAAGAUGCAAUAAAAUGAAAACUAUAGUUUGUGAAA